CGUGAACCAGAAUUACGAAUUUGACCACGCGUAUUGUAUGCUUUGUUGUCGAAAAUUAAGAUAACCUCAUAGCGAUUCAAUAUGUUAGGUUACGAAAGGAGAUAAUACAGUAUUGUGUAUUGUACACAUGUAUCACUAUUGUGUAUCAAUUAUGAAUGUCGUUAUAGUAGAAAUGGAGCGAAGUGUGCAUUCUCUUCGCAUAUCAGUAAAUGUGAAGUGCUCAAAGACACAUGUUAAGAAAACGAGAGGAAUCGGUUAAGACUUGUUUUGAUACAUCUGUCCUCCAGUCUCCAGUCGUAUACUCCAUUUGGAACUUAUCAGAACAGUCGUCAUGGCAUCAGGUCAGCUUUUCAAUCUGAAGUGGAACAAUCAUACCAACAACAUUCUCCAGGUGUUCAUGGAGCAUUUGAGUUGUGAGAAUCUUGUUGAUGUCACUCUUUCUUGUCAAGGCCAGUUUCUCAAGGCACAUAAAAUGAUACUUUCUGCAUGCAGUCCGUAUUUCCAGGAACUAUUCAACCAACAUCAACAUCAGCAACAUCCGGUUAUCAUUAUCAAUGGAAUGAAGUUUGUGGAUAUCAAACUGGUUGUUGAAUUCAUGUACAGGGGAGAAAUAAAGGUUCUAGAGACAGAGCUAGACGGCCUUCUCGCUGCUGCAGAAAUGCUGCAGGUGAAGGGACUUUCAAACGUACGCAACAAGUACGAGAAGGGCGACAUACACAAUGCGGAACCCCAGGGCCAGCAGCAGGCAGUGCCACUCUCUGUCGUGAUGCCGCAGACCGACUCUCCUCAGUCCGGGCAACAUUCGUUGGAGACUGAGGUCACUGGUAGCCCCGCGAGUCAGCGGAGAAAACGACGUAGGAUUUCGGAAUCGCCAAACCGUGAUGGUACAGGAAAUGCAGACACUCCAAACAGUCAUAAAAAUAAAGACACAGGUAAUAAAUCAGCGGAAGCUGGAGAGAAAGAAGGGAAUCCAAAAUUGCCAUCAUUUGUUAAUGUUCCCAUGGAUGACUAUAUGGAUGAAGAUUUACCAGCAACUAUAAAGGUAGAGCCUCCAGACAUAAGGGACAUUGAUGAGGAAGGUUGUGGCAGUUGGGAACCACCAAAGUUAGUGAUAGACAUGCCUGAUGGGAAAGAAAAUAGCACUAAGACUGAGUCCAUGUCCAAGAGCAAGUCUUCAACAAGAGGACAUAAAACUACUAAGGGUGGGUCGCCAUCAGAACGUGCUAAUACUCGCAAUGCAGAUUACAGUCAAGCUGCCGGAAGUAGCAACGAUCAGGAAGAUAAAGUCCUGACUGCAGUUCAAGAGCAAGAAUUGGAGCUGGAACGUAGGCAGGCAUGUGAGUGGUUGCGGAAAAGAGCUGGGAAGAUACCGAGACCUCCAAAUGCGUUUAUGAUAUUUGCAAAUGAAUGGAGGCGCAAACUCGCUUUUGAGCAUCCAACGGAGAGCAAUAAAGAAAUAUCUGUGCGCUUGGGAGCAAUGUGGAAGAAUCUGUCGGCAGAAAGAAAAGAGACUUACUAUGCAGCUUCAAGGGCAGCUGAUGAGGAACAUAAACGGAAGUAUCCUGGCUACUAUUACAGUCCUAAAGAAGCCAGGUUGCGCAAGACAUUAAAGCAAGAUUUGACUAUGUUCUCACGCAAGAAUCCAAAGGCAAUGGAGGCGAUGCACUUAGUGAAGGUUUUAAUGGCUGAUGCCAAUGAAUCCUCAUCACUGCUUGUAAAUGAACCUCGAAAGAAGGAGCGUCGGAAGCAGAAUAUACAGUGUAAAAAUGAUGAAAGUGGCGUUGAUGAAGAAGAGCAUACUGUUUCCAAGAUUGAUGAUGAUAUUGAUUUUACAAAUGAGUUAAGUGAAGAUAUGCUCCAAGGUGAAGAGACUAGUUGUCAUAAAACUGUAAUAAAAACAGAAAAUGGAGAAGAAGAUAAACAAGAUGACGAUAAGUGAGGCAAGAUCCAGCUUGCAUCAUCUUAAAUUUGUGACGGCAUUUUGUUGAUAAAUCAUGAGUAUCUCUAAUAGUGAUUCAGCAUGUUGAAAUAUAAUUAGAAACACUUAUGGAUCACUGACAGUUGAAUUGAUGAAAGGCCUGGGGCAGUUAUAAAAAACCCAGAGUUAAAUAAUGAAAUAAGGUGAGAUGAUCAAAUAGAAACUGCAAUAACUAAGGUACUUUUCCGUGAGAAACACAUUUAAAUAGUGGAGAACCCCCCCCCCCCCCCCCUUUUGCCCCAUGUUCCCGUGAGGUGUGUGUGUGUGUGUGUGUGUGUGUGUGUGUUUUAGAGAGAUGGAGAUAUUCCUAUUCCGUCGCUCGACUUGAUUCUCUGGUUAAGUACUCCAGCAAUGUUUUCCUUGUUUAUUGAUCCUAUAGUUGAUGGUGAUUUUAGUUCACGAUGUAAAAAGUUUUUAGCAGAUGUGAAUAUUGUAUAUUGGGUCACACUUUCCAUAAUGUCUUCUGCCCAUUCAGUGAUCAUUCCCUGCUGCAUUUGUGUGUAACGCUACUUAAUCAGUUGAAGCUAAAGUCAUUAUAGAAAGUGUGCAGUUGCUAAACAUAAUUGUUUUAUGUAGCGGGAGAGCUCUAAAGAAGUGUAAGUUUUGAGGUCACUUACAUUACACACAGUCUCAGAGUCCUUAUUGCAGCUUAUCAAAAGCAGUACACAGUUCCAUUAGUUUUUGUGGGGAGCAGUUAAUAGCAAAAUUUACUUCCCAUGUCCUUCCAGUCUCGAUAACAUAAAUGUGUAGUAGAUACUUUAAACGAAAGAAUAGUUGUAACAUGAUUUAUGAGAUAUAAUUUUCAUUUUUAUAUGUGAAAAUUAGUAGAUAAAGAAGAAAUUCUCCCUUUAUUGUGGCCUUCAAUUAAGCAAGUAAAAAAGCAAUUUAGAUAAAUAACUGUGAUCCUUUACAGUUAAUUGUGAUUUAUAUUGUUAGGGACUGGACAACCGGUCUUAAGUCUUUGUCAGUCACUCGUUGAAUAGUGUCAUUAAUUUGUUGUAAUUUGUGGGUUAACUGUGACUACUAUGUUCAUAUUUCUGUUUCACUGUUACUUUUAUGAUAUAUUGAACAUAAUUUAAUAGGCAGUAAGGAAGAACAGACUAAGUCAUAGUUUGAAGCUUUAAAACAAUCUUCGUACUUGCAUUUGACAGUCUUGCAGUUAAAGUGUGAAACAGAGCUCAUACAAUCAGUUAAAAUCAUGCCACACGUAGUUCUAUAUGUGUAAAUUUUCUUUUUUAGUUCUUUUUGUGCAGAGGUACUGUGAAUGAAUUUAAUAUCUGUAAAUUAAGAUAUUUUUGUAGUAUUAUUUUGUUUUGUUGCCUUGUAGUAUAUUUGUGAUGAGGGCUUGUUUUGUACAUAUUGUUAGUGAAGAUUUGUACAUACAUUUGAGCUUUUACAACUAAUGUGUCAUCGAUGGAAGUUCUAUCUUUUGACAAAUUUGUUUCAGCAGCAGUUUGUUAGCAGUCUUAAUCGAGGCACUUUGUGAAAUUGAAUUCACUGACAUGUUACUUGUUGGGCAUGAAAUCUAUUUCAAAAAUAAUUGCCCAUAUAUUCAGCAGUGAUUGACUGUGAUUUAUUAACUGUGAAAUCUCAGAAAUUCUACUUCCCCUUCUCAUCUUUGCCUCUGGUUUACUACUCCUUCCUUCAUAUAUAUAUUUACAUAUAUAUUGUUGUUGUUGUUAACUGAAGAGACGUCUGUUUUUUACACUGAAUAAUCGUUUCAAGAAAUAUUGUUCGCAUAUAUCACUAAAAAAAUACGAGAUCUGAAAAUGGUUUGUGUGCUUUAUGUUAAUAGAAACAGAAUCAAAGAUCAAAUUUAGUUUGUUAACUUUAUUUUAACUGCAAACUUGUUUAUUUUUUUGAAAUGUAAGUCAGUAUUUCAGUAUACUAAUGUUUUUGACUAGGAAAUUGUAGCAGAUUGUAACAGGAUGAGAGGAUACACUGAUGUGAGGGCCCACCUUUUCAUGGUGAGCUGUGAAGUCUGUGUAUAAACUAGCUAAAAGUUUAUGAAAUAAAUUGCUACCAGGCUUUUUGAUUUGCGAAUAAUAAAAGAUCUGCUACUUGGUUUCCAGUA